UGAGCAAAAGAACAUCCACAACUUGUGCUGUCUCAGGAUCUUGGCAUAUUUCCCAGCAACUUGCAGUGCCUUGCAGUCUGUGGUUCUUGCCAGCGGCUCUGAAGGGUUUAUUUCUACGCGAUUCCAGGCGAUUCCACGACGUUUGGGUCAGCAAUGAACAUCUCAAUGGCCCCACUUGGUUCCAACCGCGAAGAUGGUGUGGAUGAUGUGGGUAGCCAUGUGGAUGAAGUGGGUUCAGAAGCAGGACUUCCACUUCGCCUGGAGCAGGCUGAGCAGGCUGCGGCUCCGGCUUCGUCUUCGGGACCUGAGUCGAUCCAUUUGCAUGACGUGUGGAGACCUGAUAUGGGCAAGAAUUUGUCACAUACCCAUCGAGGUUGUCAUCCAACCCAGUCCUGGAUUUGGAUCUUGAACUUUCUGAUUGCCAUAUCCGUAGCAGUGUGCUCACAGGUGGUUCACUAUGGGAUGGAAAUCCUGGGGGAUCUUCGUAUCUACUUGAUCGACUUGGUGCUUCCGAACGUUGCGGGUGCCUGGGGAAUCAACUUCCUGACGUGCAUCGGAUUCGUUGCGAUCGCCUGCAAGUGCGUCGAGUGGCAACCAAGCUCGAUCAGCAGUGGCAUUCCAGGUGUGAUCGCAUUCCUCAAUGGCGUUGACUUGGAGGAAAGUCUCUUCUCUUUUGGCGUCCUUGUGGCCAAGAUGGUUGGCGUGAUCUGCGCCUGUGGUUCUUCCUUGGCUGUUGGACCUGAAGGGCCCAUGAUUCACAUUGGUGCUACAAUAGGUGUUUUGGUGUGCAACUGCCUGCAGCAAAUCAAGUGCCGCAAUGGCAUUCAUCCCAGUCGCGGAGGGAGUCGUUCAAUCCAGCUGCAUGCUGCUGCAGUUGGUGCCGGCUGUGGUGUAGCCGCCGCAUUUGAAGCUCCGUUUGCAGGAACAUUGUUUGUGGUGGAAGAAGCAGCCACAUACCUGUCCCAGCGCUUCUUCAUUCACGUUUUCUCAGCCUGUUGCUUGUCGCUGAGUGUGGUGCUUCUUGCGAUCCAACCUGCUUGGGAAUGGCUGUGGGAAGGUGCAACAUGGCAAUUCACUCCGUUAUUUCAGGUAUUCAUUGGCCCCAGCUGCUCCCAUUCCUCUCCCACCUUUUUCUUGACCUGUGCUCUCAUUGGUGUCGUUUGCGGCUUGUUGGGUAGUGUCUUCAACCAAAUCAUUCUGGAAUUGAACUUUCGACGGGCGAGCUGGAGGGCUAGAGGGGUGCAUCGCGGAAGACUGCGGUGUGAACUUCUUGUUCUGACAGCCUUGUCCUGCUCUGUGGAGAUUUUUCUGCCGGCAAUUUGGCACUGCCAUGAAAGCACCUUGCAGCAUGCCUUUGAAAACAGCAAUCAGUGCAUAGCUGCUGAGUGGGCUGCUCAGAUGUUCAAAAGUAAAGAAGACCUUGCACAGAAUGUCAGGAGGGCAAAGGACUCCAAAAUGGAACCAGCUCCUGGUCUCUUUGGCAUUCAAUACAACCCAAGUGAGUGUCCCAAGGCUAUCUUUGCGAAUCGAACGGAGAGACCGGAUCUACCUGAAUGUAGUCUGGAAAAGAUGGGCUUUGUUUUCCCGACUUCAGUUUCGGAGCAAGAAAAGUAUUUCUAUUGCUGUGGCUUUGACAACAUCUCCAAUUUCUAUGAAGGAAAGAUCUACAACUAUAGGCAGCCCAAGGCACCGUUGCAGCUGUACAGGGAAAUGUGGCCAUCGUUUGGUAUUGAAUGUGAACCUACCGUAUGGGACAACAUCAGCAUUCCGCAGUACAACCCUAUGGCAGCUUUAGCUCUUGUUCCUGACCGAGUUACAGUGAAGAAUCUCUUUACCCGGGGAUCACCCAACAUGCUACAAAACGGAGCGAUGUUCGCCUAUCUACUUUGCUACUUCCUCCUUGCAGCGGCCACUUCGGGUUCAGCAGUGCCGAGUGGUUUGGUGGUACCUAUGAUGCUCAUUGGUGGCUGCAUAGGGCGUAUGUCUGGCAAUAUCCUGACUUCACUCUUCCACGAUGUGUAUGAAUGUCCAGUUGGUUGGACGCAUGAAUAUCAAAACAUCCUCAGCAUGUUGACAAAGAAGGGAGUACAUUUUCUCCCACAGACCUGCGGAUUGCCGGAUCCAGGAUCCUUUGCUCUGGUUGGAGCAGCUGCUUUUAUGAGUGGCUCAGGCAGCAUAGUGUUGUUCGUUAUUGCAGUUUUGGUGGAAAUCACCGGAGACACAUCAUCUAUUGUGCCCAUUGCCAUUGCUGCAAUCACAGGCAGAUUUGUAGCGAGGAUCUUCAUCGGACAUGGACUCUACCAUGAUUUGAUGCAGGUUCCCAACCUUCCAUUCUUACCGCCCGAGUGUCCUCUUCCUGCGCGAUUGCGUAUAGCACCUGUUUCAGAGUUGCCUGGUGGUAGAGUGCAACUAAGACAGUUGAAACCAAUUGAGACUCGAGAAGAACUUCAGACUUUGUUGAAUGAUUGUGGCCACCAAGCUUUCCCUGUGGUAUCCGAAGGACAUUUGUUGGGCCUGGUCCGAAGAAUCGAACUGGAGGAGUGGCUCACGCAGAGUGAGCAAAGCGCCCUUCAUUUGGAAGAAGUCGCAGACAUAGCACCAUACAUUGUGGAUCUGGACUUUCCCGUAGAACGAGCGUAUUUCAUGUUUCGUGAGCUGGGCUUGCGCCAGCUUGUGGUCACGGAUGCUGGGCGCCCAGUUGGCAUAUUGACGAGGCGUUCGUUUCUGCCUCAAUGAAUCUGAGAAGACAAAGUGCUUCGGAAGUGCUUCACUAUGAAACUUCUGAAACCAUUCGAUAUAAAUCAUAUUAAAUCGAUUACUCCGGGACCGCACCCAAAGUGGAGCUUCCAGAAUCUCAACUCGAAAAAAUGGCUUGGCCCAAUGCACAGACUCGCUACAUGUCGCUACAUUGUAGCUUUAGAUUCGCCGCAAAGUGCCAAUCGGUCUUAGCGCAUGAGCAAGCUGAAUUUUUCUUGUUGGCUCCGAAGUUCAAGCGCCUGCGUUCCCAU